AUGGCUAUGGAACAGCUGAGAAAAGGCGAUUUAUCCGCGAAGGAUAUCGUUGAAGAGUGCACAGGAAUGGAGACAGGAAACCUCUCGAGUGCUGACACGAUGACCGUUCCGAUGAACGGACACAAGGAAAUAACUACCGAUACAUCAUUGAUGUACCGUUCAGGAAAUUUUCAUCAGGUUGCCAUCCAAUCCUCGCUCUUCUCAGUCGAUAUAAAGAGUCCCGAACCGAAACGAAACCACAUCACGGGUAAAUCCAACAUGCAGUCGCGAAGCAAGCCUUAUCUCUCUGAAGAAGUAAAGCCGCCAUUUUCAUACAUCGCGCUGAUCGCAAUGGCUAUUGACAGCUCUCCGUACCGCAUGAGAACCCUGAAUGAAAUCUACGAAUUCAUCAUGAUGCAGUUUCCAUAUUUUCGGAGCAAUCAGCAGAAGUGGCAGAACUCCAUUAGACACAAUUUGUCUUUAAACGACUGUUUCAUUAAAGUUCCCCGGAGUUAUUUUGGUAAGCCAGGUAAAGGGAAUUAUUGGACCUUACAUCCAGGCUCAGGGGAUAUGUUUGGAAGCGGGAGUUUCCUACGCCGAGCUAAGAGGUUUAAGUGUCGUCCUCCACAGAAACCCAACGAGCCGGCAUUUGUGCGCAAGGUUAAUUCCAAUCAUCAUUUUAACUUGUUCGUGGACGAGUUCAGCCAGCAACUUCGAAGUUUGCACUUUCCAACCUACUGUGACCUUAACGCAAUACCUCACAGGAUCAGCCCUGGAGAAUCUUGCGCAACACCGUCUGUACAUUCGCAGCUUUCUCCAAUACAAAACAUCCAUCGCCCGACCGCGCGCUAUGCCUCGUUAGACGGUGUUCGGCGCCUUCACGCCGGUGCGUUUCAGCCCGUCCAACAAACCUCCAAAUCUCGACGAAGCGGCAGUUUUAUGAUAAGCGAACUGAUCGAGCAAAAACCUCUAGAAACGACUGAGUGAGAGGUAGAAUUAGCCUACUGGUAUUUUAAGAGAAGGACCGAAUUGAUGCGGCUCAAACUGCCCUUGCAAGCCUCUAGUUCCCUACGAACAGCAAAACCAAUGGAGAUUGAGGAACUCAGGUACUUUAAAAUGAGGCGAUAUUGCGAACAAAUUGCUUCUAUUAAACAUUAUCAAUAUUUGAUAGUCACUCAGAAGAUAUUCAGCUGUAUUCAGUUCCCAAAUCAUUUAUAUAAUUUGUCUUAAGUCUCGUUUUAGAGAUGGGAUAUUUGGAGAGCACAAAAAGCAACCGUGAUGAAUCAAAGAAGAAAAACGAUUACCUUAGGUGUUAAAAUAAUUAACUAGUUUUUUGCAGGCAUUUUUCUCAUCACUGAAUGAUACAUACAAAAUGUUUUUUGUAUUGAAACAAUUAGCAAAGAUAAUUACACAGUGAAUUUUGCUUUUUAUCCUAAUGUUUUCACCAAACUGGCAUUCAAUAGGCGCGAAGCUAUUGAUUUGUUAAAUAAUCAUUUAAAUUGCAUCUAUUCUGUUAGCCGUCAAGAGCAAACAACAUGUUUGCGGCGUUAGUACUUCGUAUUUUUCUCCAUUGUGCAGAAGUUUCUCGGUGUGUGAUGAUCGAUGCUUUUCUAACGAUUUUGCCAUG